UAUCCGCAUACUAUUGAUAAUGCUGAGGAAAGUCACAACCGUAGCAACCCUAUUUCUACGUUCUGACGUUUGUUAGUGUUUCUUCCGAGUUUUUGUUUACAUUUUAUGUUUGUUAUAAAUGAAGGUUUAUGUUUCUGAAGUUUCGAAAUGAAUAAGGAUGUAGAAAAGCAUAUUAAGGAUGGAUAUGUUUGGUCAAAACUGCCUGAAAGGGUUAAAAUGGCAUGUGGAAAUUCAGAAGAAGAAUACAAUCGAUCGUUAUUAAAUUAUGCAAUUCGAAACCAAGUACGAUAUCGUGGUUCAACUGUUCGUCAUGUGAUUAAAAAUGAGAAAGCUUAUUAUGAACGACUACUCGAUUAUAGCAAGAAAAAUUUAAUGUUGUAUCCUUAUCACUUACAAGAAAGAAUGAUUGGACUUCGAAUGACUGCGUUUUCCUAUUAUAUAUCAAUGAUGGAAGAAAUAAUGAAAGAAGAAAGAAGUUAUGAUUCUCUUCCGAAUUUUACAGCUGCAGAUUGCCUUCGGCUACUUGGCAUUGGUAGAAACCAAUAUAUUGACCUUAUGAACAAUUCUCGUUCGAAUAAAAAGUUCUCGUUUCGAAGGAAGCCGCAAUACCGAGAAUUUUUACCAAAAACUCCAGUCUUGACUAAUAUAGAGCCAUGGUGGUUGGUGAAUGUGGGUUUCAUCACUGAAGACGAUAUCAAGUUUUGUACUCCGAGAAUGAAGACGUGCAUUGAUAAACUGAUAGAUGAUGGUCCAACUAUGGCUUGUGUAAUUGAUCGUGAGAUGUUGACAAAACUUUAUAUGAAAGGAUUAAUAUAUUUGGAUGUCCCUGUUCACGACGACACUAAAGUUAUUGUUCCACCAUUGGAAGGAUUUGUUAUGAAUCGUGUCUUGGGUGACUAUUUUGAAACGUUAUUAUACAAAAUAUUUGUUUCCAUCGAUGAAAAAACUACAUUAUCAGAACUAUCUACAGUGUUGGAUAUCAGUUUGGAUCUUGUCAAGAAUGCGGUCUCUGUUUUUUGCCGUCUCGGAUUCUCGAAAUUGAAAGAUGGUUUUGACGUAAAUAAUGAACCGACAGCCCAUAGGUCUUGGAAGGACAAUGUUAUGGUUAAGUCUAGAAAUGCAUCAACAAGUUCUGGUCAACUGCUUUUGGUCGGACCUAGUUUGCUCGAUUUCUUUGACUUCAAUGAAGAUUCUGAAAGCAAAUCGAAUUCUCAUUUUCGUGACGUUGAUGCAACAAAUGUUGAUGGCGAUGAAAUAUCAAUGGGAGGUGUAGGCAAAGUGGAAAGAGAUGACACAUUGAGUGUAACAAGUCAUUCAUCUUCAAGUUCUCUACCAACAUCGUGUUGCCCUGGGAAACGAAUCGCAUUUUUAUUUGAUUCAUCUCUGACAGCUUUUCUUAUGAUGGGAAAUCUCUCCCCAGGCCUCAAAAACCAUGCAGUCACAUUAUUUGAAGUUGGUAAAUUAACAGAUGAGGGUGUCGCACAUUUUGUUUCUGAAUUAUAUAAAGUACGAACUGUAGAGGAUGAUGAAGGAGAAGCAAGACGGUAUUUUGACCAUGCCGUUAAUCUAAGGUCGACGAUUGAAUUCUUACGUCACAAUGAAAAACUUACAGAAAUAUUUUGCAAAGAUGAUAAGCAGGAAAAUUCAACAGAAAAUUCGGAGAAAGAAAAUCUUGGAAUUGGUCUCGAUUUAAUACGAUGUGAAAGUUUGAGUGGGCUAGAUCAUAAAACGGUAGCAAGGUUGAUUAACAAGAACUAUCACAUUGUUGUCACUAUGGCUCCUCUGAAUGACGAAAUUAUAACAAACUUGAGUCACAAACUUACAGAUGCAACAACUACAGAUGAUAACAAAUCUGAAACUAAAGAUGAUGUCUCUUUGACAGCUCAUUGGUUUGGUCCACCUUGUGCCUCGGUCAACUCAGUUUGGUUUAAAUUGUAUCUUUAUCACAUGACUGGUUAUGGUCCACCGAGUUUACUUCUUGCCAGAGGAGCAAAAUGCUGCCACUUACCAAGUGUAUUUGAGGAUUAUGAUGAACUUUUGAUCACAUCAAUAGGUCAUGACCCCUGCAUUGUCGCGACGUCAAACGUCGUUCUUAUGCUUAGUGAAGCGUUAACACAUUCUCCAGUAUUAAUUCAGGGUCACAGUUUGAAAGAGAUGAGGACUGAAAGAAUAUACUUGCCAUUUCCUUUUACAAAUUCAGGGAAUAGCUCUGAAAAUACUCUCACAUCUGAAACGAGUAAAUUACCGGAUUCGGGCGACUCCCAAAAUACACCCACAAAGCCGUUAAAAUCCCAGUCUAGUACUGAUAGUGACUUUUCCGAAGAACAAAGAAAUUUAUUAUCUGACUCUGAUAUUGUUAGUAAGAUUGGCUCCAUACUGGACUUAAAAAAUACUUGUGGGUAUAUAGUGGUUUUAGUGUCUCGACCGCACAUUCCUAUUACGAUGGAAACUACCGUACAACAACUUGAAGCAGGAGAUACAAAAGAGUUAGUUUCAAAUAAAAGUGAAGAUGUCAAAUGGCAACUUUUGAAUGUUAAUUUUGGAAUACCAUUGUUUGAUAAAUCACUUAAUCGGGAAGUGUGUGACAGAUUCGUUUCUUGUGGAUUGUGUGAGAAGAGCAGAGCAACAUCCCUUCUAGAAACGAACAAUAAACUUUUGGAGGAUGUUCAAAAAUUUGUUUUUGAUUCUCAAAAUUCAACUUCUGAUGGAUUCAUGAAAUUCACAGCAACGGAUGAAAAUGUUCCUUACCCAAGGGAAAGUUUAUUUUUUAAUGACGGAACAUUAUCAUCCUGGGAUGGCCUUUGAAAUCAUGUUUUUUGUUCUAUGAUAUUAAAAUUUAUUAGAUAUAUUUGUAGAAAGAAUGCUGCCGAAACAGUAUUUUGCGGAUUUUGUGAUAAACAUGUCACCAGCUUUUUAAUGUGUUAAUUUUAUACAAAGCAUUUAAUUUUGCUAGAUUUAUAUUACGUUAUCAUCUAGCUCAUCUUUACCCUAAAUGAGAAAUAAUAUUUUCAUGCAUUUAUGAGAAGUGUACUGGCAUAUGCUGGUAAAUGUUUGGUGAUCAUGGUACGAUAUUAUCAUAAAAUACCUUGCAGGGUGGCUUUUCAUUCUACAUGCGAAUAGUUUUUAUUUAAAGAAUGUUGCAAGGGGUUACGAAAAUAGGAUGGUUUGAGAAGUAUUGUUAACAUUAUGGUAUACCAAAAAUGACAUUUCUACAAUUUUUUUCUGUGCCUUUACUUAAUGACCAAAUUCAAUACUUGAUUUAAAAAUAAAACUAAUUAAUGUACCUACUUUAUCAUCACUUAUUAAUUAAGCAGGCUUAUUUGCUCAAGAUUUAGUAAUAUGUAUGAAAGUGCAAUCUCUUUAUGUUAGCUCGACAUAAUAAAAAUUGGCCAAUGUGCCUUUUGAAUAAACUGCUUACAUUUAUAUAAAG